AUGAACGUGGACUUCGACCUCUCUGCUGUUGAUAAGGUCGAUAUGGCUGAGAUCUCAGACUCAGCUGCCCUCGUGAAUCGUCGUGAUCAAGGUAGAGCUGAGCAUCUGGUGGAGAACGCACAGUUCAAGCAAUGGGUUGUCAGAACGAAUUCCACUGAACUUCUAGUUCACGGACACAUGAAGCCAAGUCGAACGAGUGUCACGCCUUUAUCGUUGUUCAGUGCAGCUAUCGUGCGAAACUUGCGCCAGGUGGAUAGUUUCUGUGCUGUUGCGUUCUUUUGCGGACAGCACACCGACCACGAUGAUCCACUGCUCGGCGGCCUCGGACUCAUCAAGAGCCUCACGACACAGCUUCUUCGUCAGCAUGGCUUUGAUGACGCAGAUCUUGACAAAGUCGCCCAAGAGGUGAAUCUACCUCUUCUAAAGAGAGGAGUUGAGGAUAUUGAGGAACUAUGCCAGCUGUUCACCGUCCUCGCCCGUCGCUUACGCAACGAUACAACACUCUUUUGUGUGAUAGACAGUGUGAAUGUCUACGAAAAUGAAGAUAUGUUGCAAAGCAUGUGUGUGGAGAAGGUACUGUUCGAGAUACUGCAGUUGACGGUUGACCCAAGGGUAAAGACGCAUGUCAAGGUUCUUUUCACGAGCGCGACGGACACGAACACAAUCUGGAAGGCGUUUGAAAAGAAGGAUGUGCUAUCGAUGCAUGAGUCAGGGCGUUUAAGUUUGGAUAAGCACUUCAGCGAUAGUCGUUUUGCGAAGCAGGUCAAAGGAGCUAUUGAGCCAUCUUAA